AGGGUGACAGCGAUCGCGGGAGCUGUCAACGGCGUUAUUCAUCAUCCAAGUGUGCCUGGUGUUGGCAGUGCCUGAAGUGGUGUGGUGAUGCGUGUCAAUCCGUGCGUGCAGAUGUCCAUGGUUCGAUCCCAACGCGCACCGACCGUGGUCGUCCCCUGGUGGGUGCUCUAGUGUUUGAUAGGGUUUGGCAUUCAAGAAAUUUCGGGGUGGAAAUAUGUGGCCUUCAGUAAAUGAUCGGAAAGUGUAUUAUGACGUCUAUGAGCAGCGAUUCCCGCAGCCUCGGCAGUAGCAGCACCAACGGGGGCGAUGUUGCAAACAACAAUCACCUACCAAAGGAUGCGCCUGCGGCGGAUAUCAUCGUGUGUAGGACUAAGAUGCGGGAUCGUACCGCGGUAGGAAAUGGGCAUGCGGCAGGCCGUACGGUGCGUUGUGCCAGCGAUGAUCAACGGUGCGAAGCCGGUGAGGCAAUCGAUUCGCCGCACUGUCGGCAAACGUCCGAAGCCAUGUGUCGGUUAGAAGUGCACCGAACUGCCAAUCCUAGAUCCCGGAAGGAGUCAUCCAUUCCGAGCGGUAUGAUGAGCAACGCUCAUUCAUCUGCGGCAGUGACUCCAUCGACGAUCGGCAGCUGCGACCAUCCUGCACGAUCGGUCGAAUCAGCAGUGGGUGCAGCUGGUACCUCUUCGAGCUCGUCGCCUGCCAGCCGGAAUGCUACUCUUGACAUGACAGAUUCUGGUUCGCCCUGUGCUAUGGCGGUCAGUUCGACGGUGGUGGAAGAUCCUUACGCCGAACUGGAAAGGAUACUGGAAAAGGUGCAAGCGGAAAUAUCGGAAAUGUUUGAACAAACGAUGCAGAAGGAAAAUGUAACCACCGUUGUGACCGGCAGCGGGACAGGAAGCGACAAAAAGCGGAAAAACGACUUGAAGGCUAAUCAUGACGAGAGGUGUGAAUAUGGAAGCUCAGCGAAGACCGAUCCACAUCUACAAAAACAUCACCAACAGCAGCAGAACGCUAGUCAUCACGUGAAGUAUGCAACCAUACCGCACGCAACUGUUACCCAGCAGAGAAGUGCCGAUCACGGUGCGCUUGCAGCGAAUUUUGGACGCAACAAUCCACCGGCAACGAUCGACAGUAACGCGAAACGCACCCGUAAUGCGUACGAUCAUAGGUACCGAUCGCAUGAUCGAAUGGAGAUGGUUAGCUCAACCACGGUACCGUCGACGUCGGCGACACUACCCAAGCCCAGUACACGAUCGCAGUCGGCGGGUGAAACCAUGUCCUCGAGCGGAUACAGCAGCUACGGUCGGUACACGGAACGGUCCGACAGUUUGUCCGAUGACAUGAGCCUGCUGGACGUCGCUGCACCUUCCUGUGACGAAAGUCAUGAAGGUGCGGGAGACGAUACGACUUCGGACGAGCGGGAAACCAUCGUCAGCGGUGGCGUUCGUAAGCGUCAUCAACAAAAGAAAUCUUCGGUGCUAUCGGGUGCCACCACAACGACGGUACCAGCGGGUAAUGGUGGCCAUUAUUACAAUAACAUCGAGCAACAGCUGCUCGCGAACGAUCGGGGGCUUAAAACGAGCACAAACAGUUUACCGUCGGUGGCAGCGUCCGGCGGGCAUCGGAAUAUGGCGUCACAUCUAAAGUUUAAAUCGCACCAGAGUACGAUCGAUGCGAAACGGAAACAGUUUUUCCUCACGCUCGAUCAGGAACCGUUUCAACCGCUCAAAUCUAAUAUGGCCGAUUUACCAUCCCCGAGCAGCACCUCGUUGCACAGUGGACAUAACCAUUUGAUUGCCGAAGAGCUCGGCUCCAAAUCGAGUUCUGCUCCGGUGUUGCUCAAGGAUGAAGAGAAUGUACUCACGGUGGCAAGGGCAAAUCUACGCUAUUCCAGGUCACAAAGUGAUCGACACUUGGCGGAAAUCGAAGCAAUUGAAGCAUGCCGAUGGUUGCGUGCCGCCGGAUUCCCACAGUACGCCCAAAUGUACGAAGAUCACCAGUUUCCCAUCGUCGUGGAGGAUGUAGCGAAAGAUCAUCCAUUCCUGGAACCGGACCCUCUACAGUCGCUGUUUCGGCGACUCCACACACUCAACCGUUGCGCAAACAUGCAUCUCGAUGCUCACCAGCAUACACCAAAACCUUCGCACCGGGAUGACUCGGACGACGAUAGCUGCGCGCUGAGUGAGGCGUGGACAUUCCAACACAAUAGCCGCCGCUGGUCCCGGGUGGAUGAUGCGAUCGGUUUGGUCAGUGUGAUAAACAACAAGCAGCAGCAGCGCAACGCGCAGAAGGACGGUGCCCACACCAAGGGGACCGGUAGCGAUUCGGCUGGACACGGUUCGCAUCAGCAGCGGCGACACAACAACACCACGCUGCUCCGUGCGGAAGAUCACGAAAAGCUGUGGCUCGAAACGGGUGGUAAAAUUACGAUCGGCGUACCGUCCGAUACGGAUUCGCAGGAUGACUGCGGUACGGACGGGCGGAGCGGCGUACACCUAAGGCGUACCGGUAGCGAACGGUUGAAGGAUGGUGCUAAGGCAAUACUGCGCCGCGUAGAAUCGAUCAAAUCAAGGCGCAGGAAAAAACAGAACCGUGACGGUCUGGUCAUACUAGCGCCACCGGCGGGACACUCGAGCGCACACCUUUCCCCACACCAUCGCCCGUCCGGGGACGGCAGUGAUGGGUAUGGUGGGUCCGGAUUCGAUAUCAUGUCUUAUUCCAACCCUACCUCACCGCGACCGUCGGCCGAACUGCUCGCAUUUGACGAUGCGCUCGAUGCGGCGGGCAAUCGUAAGAAGGAUCUGUUUGUGAACGAUCUGCUCGGACGCCGGAAUCUGCUGCUAUCGCCCAACGUAACCGCACCGGCAACGGCCUGGUCACCGUUGCACGGUGGUGAAGGCAAACGUUUCACCGACCGUUCAUCCCCAGGCGGCACACUACCGUUUCGGCAGCAGGUACAACUUCAGCAGGAGUCACGAUCCGGCGAUGAUUCAUCGUCGAUAUGCAGCGAAGACAGUGGAGGUGGCCCGGCGACUGACUUUAGCACCGCCAACCGGUCGGAAAAAUCAACCACACGCAAGUAUCCACGGGCCAAGAAAGCGCUGCGCAGCAAAGUAAUAUCGAGCACUGUGGCGGAUGAUCAGUCCGGUGGUGGUGCGCUUUCCGAUUCCGAAUGUCACGCCAAACAGCGCCGUUCCAAAAUUAAGGUAGAACUCGAUUGUGAUCUAUCCGGUGCGAACGAUGCUGUUUCUACGACAACAGCGGACGUUAAGGGUAGCGCCGGCGGGCGAACCGGUGGAAAUACAUUGGCCGCACCGGAUGUGAAUGCUUCCCCCUCGAAACUGCACCGCGGAGGUUCACUGAACCUUGGCAAAGCUUCCAAACGUUACCGGGACGCGUUUAGCAAUCGUUCGGUGCGACACAGCGCGAAAGCGACCGACGAGAGCGGCGAAGGUGUUGUGCGCUCCACGAGCAAAAGAUCGACCGUGGCCCGUUGGCACAGCUUCCAGCAGCCGAAGGUAUCGCCGAUCGAUCUGCAGCAAACCGAUCAGCUGGCCAUCGGGUCGAAAGAUGAUCGAAAACAGCCGAUCUUACAGCGUGGUACCACUAUCGCGCAGCUGGUCAGCAGCACCACCCACAGCAAUGCAGCAAUGACAAUCACCUCUACCACCUCCAUUACCACUACCACCACCACCACCACCAUACCGGGGAAAGCCCACAAAGCGGGCAGUCUUACCGUGGACGGUAGCCAAAGUACGGCGGGAACGAUCACGGACCCGUCCGGUGCGGGAUUGCGCAUGUCAGAGAUGUCUUGCGGACAGUUGCUGGUGGUGCGCAAGCUUGGACUGGCCAACCUGACCGGCUACAUGGAGCGAUACUGUCCGACGCACCGGUCCGGAUGGAACUGGGAUCUGCCAAAGUUUAUCAAGCGCAUCAAAACGCCCGACUACAAAGAUCGCAAAGUGUUCGGGAUGCCGCUGGUGUUGAAUUUGCAAAAGUACGGCAGCACGGUACCGUACACGAUACGGUUAGCGUUCGCGUGGCUCGAAAAGAACGCGCUCGAUCAGGUCGGUUUGUUCCGCAAGCCGGGCGUAAAGUCACGCAUCGCCAAGCUGAAAUCGGUGAUCGAGGCGAGCAAUGAUGUCGGUUGGCGAAGCGAAAUGUUCGACGAGUAUCACGCGUACGAUGUCGCGGAUCUGGUGAAGCAAUACUUUCGCGAGCUGCCCGAUCCACUGCUGACGGCCAAACUGUCCGAGACGUUUAUCGCUAUAUUCCAGUAUCUUCCAGCGGAGGUGCGUGCGGAAGCGGUGCAAUCGGCUAUUCUGCUGCUGCCGGAUGAACAUCGGGAAGUGCUGCAUCUGCUGUUAACAUUCCUCGAAAAGGUAGUGCAAAACUCGAGCCUAAAUCAAAUGACCGCAAACAAUCUGGCCGUCUGUUUUGCACCCUCGCUGUUCUAUCUGCUGUCCGGGAAUAGAUACACGGCAGCAUCACCAAGAAGAAAGAAAACUGGCACCGGAUCCGGCCAACCCGACGAGAAGGAACUGUUCGAAGCGAAAGCAUCGCACGAAUGUUUGGCGUACAUGAUCGAACGCUUUCAGAGCCUCUGGACGAUCAGCAGCGAUCAGAUGCGCCGUUGCAACUUCAACUACAUGGACGAAUCGAAACCGGUGCCAUUGUCGUCCCUCGGUACGGAAAUGCACGUCCAGAACUGGCGCGGCUAUCUGUCCGAGUCGAUCAGCGAGUGUCUACGGGAGGGUCGAGAACGACCGCGUGGUUGGGUGUCACUAAGCUCGACCGAUCCAUCGGUGACCGCAUACUUCAAAAAGGUGGGCGAUGGUCAUCCGCUGCGUCUGUGGAAGUGUGUCACGGAGGUGGAAGCACCACCGAUGGAGGUGAUACAGCACAUCGUGAAGGAGCGACCGCUGUGGGAUGCGUAUCUGUUGAAGUGGCGCACAAUCGAACAGCUCGACCAGGACACGGAUGUGUUCCAGUAUGCAUGCGGCCAACCCGUCACCGAGUAUUGUGUUGUGCGGCAAUGGAAAAAUGAUCUGUCCCGUGGUGCCUGUGUGAUAGUGGAGGUGUCGAUUUCGCACGAGAAUGCCACAUCGCUACUGGGCGGCGUGAAUGGCGUGGUGCUUGCCUCGCGCUAUCUAAUCGAACCGUGUGGCAGUGGGAAGUGCAAACUGAUGCAUCUAUCGCGCGUCGAUAUGAAAGGCCGCACACCCGACUGGUACAACAAAAACUAUGGACACAUUUGUCAGCAAUAUCUGUCUAAGAUCAAAAAAUUCUUUGAACACUGCACCGAGGGACCUGAAACUAAAGUAUAAUAGCAUCAUCACAUUGGUUGAAGUUCGAGAAGCUGUCGAAUCCAACAGAUAUUACACAAACACACCGUUUAGUCGGGGAACGAUUACCCUUAUAAAAGUAAAACAAAAUCAGCAGCAACCAAGGAGAAAGUAAUCUCACACGGCAAAGAUUGGAAGGAAAAUUGGAGUUCGUUUCUAUUUACUCUAAACUUCCUCUACUUCGCCGACGCAGACAAGCCGUAUAGAGUGUUUGAUGUCAAGGAUGCCGGCAAAGCAAGAAAAAAAACGCGAUAAUAGUUUAUAUCUACAAGCAGAACCAGUUGUUUUCCAUGAAACAUUCCAGAAUUUCAUUACCAAGUGCCUAAUGAUAAAAAAUGCAAACAAUGCAGAAAGAGAAACACACGCAAACAAAAGUAAGAUUUAAGGCAUCGUCUAGCAAGAAAGAUAGGCCAAGAACAAGCAAACGUUGCCACAGAAUCAUUAAAGGAGGAAACCAAUUGUUAUAGUUGCACAUGUUCAGGGGCGGACAUCAUGCCAAUAGUAUGUUUCCUUGUCUUUCCGUUCCCCUACACUCCGUUACAAAUCUUCAUAUAUAAGGUGCAGUAUAUACAUAUAUACUUAUAGCAGUAAAACGGAUAUUAAAGGAAGAACGGAAGAAGGAUCAAAGAUAUAUCAUUAUAUAUCACACACACACACACAUACACCCGCACACUCGUACACAAACUAAAACUAGUCCAAACACACACAAAACUUAACCAAUAUUGUAGCAAAGCCUGUUUUUGUUUUAUAAAAGAUAGAAUGCGUUUUUUUUUUGUAAUAAUUAAUUGUCUUUUUGUACAUUUGCACAAUCCAUAAUCACACACACACUCACACACACAUAUACACAUCCUACAACAGCUAAAAUGAUGAUGAUACAGGUGUAUAGUUGUGUUGAGCAUCCAGUAAGGUUUUUUGUUUUAUUUUUUGUUAUCUUCUCUAAGUAGUGUUUAGGUUAUUGAUUUGUAAAUAGUAUUUUUUUACUAGAUUGUUAAGCUGUUUUUUGUGUGACAGAGAGCAUAGUAAAUGUAUGUGGUAUGUGUAUGUGAAAUAUUAUAUAUAGAAGACGAAAAAGAAGAAGGAACAAGGAACAAGAGUCACUCACAAAUGCACACCUAUUUACCGUGCGGCUGAUGAAUUACAACAGAUAAUGAAAACAAUAUAUUAUAAUAAAGACCAAGAAAAGGAAAAGACAACAAACAAGA